CUUUCAUUGAGUAGGUAAACUAAAUACAUUUAUAACUUUAAAAGUCUAGACACUGUGGCAUCUUUCAGCACUCAUGGGGAAUGCCGUAAAUGGGAACAAAUCAACAAAAGCAUCUGAUUAAAAUUGUUUGAAAAAUAUUUUGAGAAAUAAAAUCUGGUCAUUAAAGAUAUCCCAGAUAAGAUCAAAAGAUUCUUAGAUCAUUUAGUAUUUAACAUGAGAGAACAUUUGUGAAAAUGUGUUCAAGAACUAUUUCAGGGAUUACAUUUAUUGCAUAUUUGAUGCUAUUCUUGUUCCAAUUCACAGUUUCAGAAAAGAAAGUAUGUACACAUGUGCACCAAACGAUAUUGAAACUGAUUGGGAUCAUGGAUGGCAAAAAGAAAAUGAUGGGAACGAUACAACAAAGGCUUUUGCUUUACCACACUCAUCUACACCAAAAUGUGGAGCCUCAUUUUUUAUUAAGAAGACCUGGAAUACACCUCUAAAUGUUCCAGACAUUUGUGACAACAUUUUUAACAGUAGGAAAGUAAAGGAUGUUGCAGAGUGUUUGAGAGUUGCAUGUCUUAUGGAAGCAAAUGUUGUUGACUAUUUUAGAAACACUGGAAGAUGUAGACUACUGCGCUGCAACUGGCUUAUCAAGCCCUGGAAAAGUAACAGCUACUUCAAGCGUGUUUUCACACCAUCUAAUGAAAUGGAUACAUUUACCUUAGCAUCAAACGGCAGAUGGAAAACAACCCUGAACAACCAACAACAACCGACAACCAAGAAUAACAAAAAAACUGAUUUCAAAACAACUGAAACUAUAAUGACUGAAAACAUCAUUACGGAAUCAACAAAACAAGUAACAGCUACAACAAAAAGUUCUCAACAUGACAAAGAAACUUCAAACCAAACUUUACCAUCUUCAACAGAACAAAUGGAAUUCAUCAGAAAACAAAAUUUUGACUUCAGAACACUCUCCAUGAUCAUGAUUGGUAUAAGUACAGCAUUGUUCAUUGCAUUAAGUGCUCUAAUAGUUGUAUUUCUUUAUAUAAUAAGACAAAGAAAUGCUAGAAUGAGAAAUAAGGCACCUAGGUACAAUCAGCAGCAUGAGAAUGCAAAUGGAAGAAAUGCAGCAGAGGAAGCAGACUUUUUCAGACCAAAUGGUAGAAAUCCUGUGGAAAAUGAUGAUAUACAUCAUGAGGCGAUUCCACUCAGACGAAUACAGAAUGUAUAUGAUGAAACUCAAAUUUGAUAUCAAUCUAUGCAACAGUAACAGCAAACUGAGACUAAACAUACGAAGGCCAUAUUUCAUUAUUACUGUUUUUGUCAUAUAGACAGAUAUCACUAUAUUAUUACCUAUUUAACAAAUUCACCAUUAUACAUUAUACCCCUACUA